AUGGCGCAACAACGCACCUUGAUCAAGCUAGCACAGGACUCUGAAGACGCUGCAUCCGGCCUACACGUAUUUCGGGACAGUCUACCACGCCAUGCAAACCGGGUCACUGGCAUCAUCGCAGGGCUGUUCGCGAUCAGCUCGUCCUUACGCCAGCUCGAUACUGCUGAGCAUGACCCACGCCUGGAGCCUUCCUUCUAUCGCAUCCGGCAGGAUGUUGCUAUGCUUCUACAGAGCUUACAAGCCAGUAUCAAUGAAGUCUUCAGCAUGUUCAGGCGGUCACGCGAUCGGUCGAGACAGAUGGUGUGGGAGGAUCUCGAGCACAAGAUGAACGAUGAAGAAAGUUUUGGACUGCUUGAGCGUCUCAGCUGCUAUCGUGACUUCCUCAAUGCUCAACUGCAGACCGUCACUGGUGCGCCACCACACGGUCUGAGUGAGCUCCGGAGGCGUAUGACCGAUCUGAGGUACGCUCAACGGCUUGAAGCCAUACGUGUCGACCAGCCGAAUAUAGCAGGAGCCCGCACACCACGACCCCGACCACCUCAGCCCCGUCCGCCACCGAUACCACCCUUCCCGGCAGAGUUUGAAGUAUCUCUGAGUCCAGGAACAGAGUUUGUCUAUGACUUCGAGGACUGGGAUGCCAGCCGGCCGCGACCACCCGUGCCAAGCCCGCCUCAGAUGUCACCAAUAUAUAAAUCUAGCCCCUCUCCUACUUUUUCAUCGAGCUAUACAUCCUAUUCGACCGGGCCUGUCGUACCUGAAACCAUCAAUCACUGGGUGCAGCAGAUCUAUGAUGGUAACAAUCCUACGACUAGGUUCAGACCUGCCUGUCGGCUGUAUGUUUUAUUCCCUCGGCCAAGAGCAAAGCUGACCGUGAUAGGCCUGAGCAGUCUCGGUGCUACGGAGGCACCGACCACCUGGCGCUUCAACAUCUAG